UCACUGACCCAUGAGCUGUGUAAUUACGCCCUGGAAAGUUCACCGUAAAGGUUACGCCCGUCUUGGGAAGAAUCGACCUAAACUGCUUGUCUACUUCAGAUUGUAAGCCUACAGAGAUUUCAAUUAGUCUUGACAGAAUGGCUGCCGGCAACCCAAAUUUUGAUGAGAAACAGAAGGCUUUGUUCAAGAGAUGCUUUGAUAUGCUUGACAAAGACAAAGAUGGAUUCCUCCUGUCACGUGAGCUGGGGAAGGCGAUGACGUCUGUCGGGAUCAAACCUUUGCCCUCUGACCUAGCUCUCAAGCAAUCUCUGGUAGCGUUUGAUCUGGACGAAAACAACAUGCUGGACUUUGAGGAGUUUUUGAAUUUGAUGUUCUUCCUCAAACAAAUGAUGACACCCGAUCCGAAAUUCUUACAAGAGACAUUCUCAAAGCAUGACAAGGAUGGAAAUGGUGUCUUGGACAAAGAAGAGCUGAAAGAGGCCAUAAAAUCCAUUGGUAUGGUGCACAGCGAUAAGCACAUCGACUUCAUGGUCAAGAUUGCGGACAAGAAUGGUGAUGGCGUCAUCCAAUAUGAAGAGUUCGUGGAGAUCAUAACGCCCAAAACAAAGUAGAUGUUAGGAAAGAGAUUUCGAUCUGGAAGAAUUUGAAGUUCUACUGGUAGAGGUCGUAAUCGAAGUCUCUGUCGAUAGAAACCGAUCGUGAUCUCCGCUGGUAUUUUCGACUACUGUUGGAAUCGCCUAUUUUACACGUAGAGACGCUGUGCACGAUUUCUGUCGAUGGAGAUUUCGAUUGCGGCCUCUUACUGUUGAGUUGCCACUUCUGCCAAAUCAUCAUUUCUAGCCUAAAAAAUCCGAGAAGCAACAUAUUAAAUUGCUGUGGCCUUACAUAUAUAUGAAAGAAAGCGAGAGUCACGUCGACUAAUAUAUAUGCGGUGUAUAGCGAAUUUGUUAUAAAAGGGCCAAUCAAAAUCUCUCUCUACCAAAACAGCUGUAACACGUCUACCUAAUGUGUUAGUAAUGUGUUAGCAUUACAGAUGUGCAAUGAAUACACUAGGUCUGGCAACUUACCAAUUAGCGUUAACAAUAAAAUGUAAAAGUAUCAUGAAUAACUUAAUGUUCAACACCAACAAAUUAGGAAAGAAAUAUAACCACUUCGUAAUACUUCGACUCACUGCUAUUUACAUAUGCACAUCGUAGUGCUUCACUCAAUUUUUUUUCAAGCAUGAUGUCUUGAAAUACGGGGGAAGUUUUGAUUCUAUAAGAUGCUAGCUUUCGAUUUUAUCCGAGGGUUGUUAUCAACUGGCACUUUGCUCUCCAUGUGUAUUAUAAUACCUGCAUAUGAACAUUUCUAAUUGGAGAAUAAUUCCGUCUUAGCAUCUAUUUGCAUGUGUGUCUUAAUAAAGCUUCUAAAUUCA